AUGAGAUUUUUUGAGAGCUGCGGGGACAGCUCGAAAGCAGCAGCACAAUCUUGGCUGGAGGACUUCCUUCUCAACAAGGGAGAGCAAUCUUCAGAUGCAGACGCAGACCCUUGGGAGGAGGAUGAGACGCCGACGGCGUCCAAGAACCUGGAGGCCUUCGCCGGCAUUCCGACACCCACGGCCGUGGGCAGUGAAGAGAAAGGUUCCGAAGCUCGGGCCCUGCAGGAAGAGGUCGAGAGGCUGAAAGCUGCCUUGGACGAGAGCCAGAAGAGGUGCACAGAGCUGGAGCCUUUGGCAAGACAGCUUCAGCACAGCCAGGAGAAGGUUGAGAUGCUCGAGCAAGCCGCGAGGAACCAGCAGCAGGUCUUCCAGGCCCAAAUGGAGCUCAUGGACAAUGUGCGGAGCCAGCACCAGGCGCAGCUCCAGGAGAUCCGAGAGCGGAGUGAGGCGGAGCGCCAGCUCCUGGCGGAGAGGGCAAAAGCUGAGGCCGAGGUGAGGAUCAGAGAGGUGCAGCAUGAGGCCUCUCUGAAGCAGCGCGAAGCAGAGCUACGCUUGGCCGAGUUGCAGGCCCAGCUGCAGCAGGCGAGCCAGGAGGCCCAGCAGGCUGCGACUGAGGCGCAGCGGCAUCUGGCGAAGACUUUGACAACUCUGGAUCAGGCCGAGCCGAGCAUCCCCGGCGGGAUGGCGCCCCGCUAUGUCUCGGCCGACACACCGGUGGAGCAUGUCCGGGUCUACGUCGAUGGCCUGCAGGGCGAAAUGCGUUCCCGGGCCCUGCGCGCAGCUGAAAGGAUAAAUAAGCGGCCUCCGACACUGGGCAAGUUGGAUGCAGAUCUCAAUGCAGUGGCCGACGAACUCGGGGAUGAAGCGAUCGUUGAGGUGACGGCGGGGCCGCGGAAAGGCAUAAUAUGCGUCACCCUCCGCCCAGAGCACGGCGGCCACCUCACUGCAGGGGCUGGACGGGGCGGCCGGGAGGUGAUGUUGCCCGGAUCUGCUUUGUCCUUCAAGCUCGACGGCACACCGGCUGCUGCAAGUGGCCCACCUCCCCUUCGGGUUUCUGCCCAAGGCGAGUGGAAUCUGGGGCAAGAUGGAUUGGGCUGCUGCUUUACGGUUGCCCCCCUGUUCGGGACUGGCGCAUGGCGCCUCCUCCCCAGCGUAGAAAUGGGUGCUGGUCUUGGCGGGCUCUUCGGCCUCAUACACCCGGCAUCUCAGCACAGCUACCUCCAGGUCUGCUUGACAGAUCCACUUGGGAGGCACAAGACUCGGUUGCGUGCUUCCUCUCGGGACCUGCGACUGCAAGAUGCAUCGCUCCUGGACGUGCCACUGCAGUCUUCGAAGGCAUCGGUGUCCCAUCAGUUUUUGAACAGCUACGGACGGGAAGAUGAUGGUGGUCAGCUGGGAGCAUCCUGUGAAGUUGCCGGUCUCCUUGGCGAUGUCCAGGUCGCACGAGCUGAAGCGGCUUGGGCUCGCUGGGGCAGCGGCCUGGGCGCCGCCUGGCAGGUCUCUGCAAGUGGAGCCCUGGCCUCACCACUCAACGCAGCCACCAUUCCUUGGGAGGAGCGGCUCUUCCUGGGAGGCGUGACAGGCCAGGGUCCUGGGGAAAGACUCCUUGGCUUCGGACCUCACGGAUUGGGCCCGGCCAAACGCAAGGAGCGGGAAACGGAGGCUCCGCGAUUUGGCCUGGUGAACGGCUUGGGAGGGCUCAGGACCUAUACGACUUCGGAGCCCACCCGAAUCGAGACCGGUCAGACCACAUUCCUUGGCGGGGACACGCGUGCCAGCAUCGAGGGUUCCAUGCGGUGGCCGGUGCCAUUGGGUUUCGGGCUCCAUGUCUUUGUCUUCGGGUCGGCCGGCAUUCUGCUGGAGCGAAUGCAGACUUCGAAGGCCUGGGAUGUCCUCCGCAACACACGAGCAACUUUGGGAAUGGGCCUGGGCUGUCCCCUGCCUGGAGGAGGCCACAUUGCCGCCACCUUCAGCCAGCCAGUGCAAGCCGUGAGAGGGGAUAUUGUGCAGGCGUUUCAGCUGUCCGUGUCUCUGAACAACUUGCUUUGA